CAUCGCCAACAUCGUCAGGACCCCCGUCUCCUCCCCGACGCAUUCAAUCGACAAUGACGACCCUAAUCCCCCGCGAGGCCUACUCCCCCGAGGAGCUGCAGCGCCUUUACCCCAAGGAUCUGAAGCUGCAAUUGGUACAGGUGUUCUUGCGUCAUGGCGAGCGUACACCUGUUUCGUCGCGGUUUCAGAAUACAGGCCUGAGCCCAUACUGGCCUUAUUGCGGCGUUGCCAGACGUAUGGUCCAGAUGGCUGCCGGCAACCAAGACCUCUCGUCAUGGAAUGGUUUCCAGUGGCGGCGAAAGAUGGAGGCAUUUGGUGACAAUGACGAGGCCAUCGUUGCUACUGGAGUAGGAGGUGAAAUCGAGGCCAUCUGCACGCACGGUGAACUCACCGACAAGGGUCGCGAGACGACGUAUGCACUAGGAACGCGUCUGCGUCGUCUCUAUGUCGACCAGCUCGGCUUUAUGCCCGAGAUCAAGUCUGAUACGGAGGAUAUGUAUCUGCGCGCCACGCCGAUCCCCCGUGCUCUCGAGUCCCUGCAGCAGGCAUUCUGGGGCAUGUAUCCGACCAGUGCGCGCACGCAAGAUUUCCCACCGCCCGUGAUCGUGGCUCGCUCUGUCACUGAGGAGACACUUUUCCCUAAUGAGGGUAACUGUCGCCGGUUCCGACAGCUUGCUCGUCUUUUUGCCGAUCGUGCUGCGGCUCGAUGGAACGACUCUGAGCAGAUGGAUUACCUGAACAAGCUCUGGUCCAAGCACAUGCCCGAGAGCUCGCCCAAGGUGGCUGUUGACGCUCACCCCCGUCUUUCGGGUAUCAUGGACACGAUCAACGCUUCCGACGCGCAUGGCCCGGCUACUAGACUUCCCUCGGAGUUCUACGACAAAAAGGGCCGCGCGAUCCUGGAUCGCAUUGCUGUUGAAGAAUGGUUCGCUGGUUAUAAUGAGAGCAGUGAAUACCGUAAGCUCGGCAUCGGCGCUUUGAUGGGCGACGUUGUUGACCGUAUGGUCAGCACUGCGGUAGAUGGUGGCUGGCGAAGCGAGAGUGCUGCAUCUGGAUCUGGAAUCCCCGAAGCUGGCAAGUCCAUCAAGUUUGCCAUGAGCGGAUGUCACGAUACCACCCUUGCAGCUAUCCUGUCCAGUGUCGGCGGUUUCCAAGAUGAGUCUUGGCCGCCUUUUACCUCCUCCGUUGCCAUUGAGCUCUUCUCCCAGGUCCCUAGCACGAAUGUCGAUGCUGGUAAGACGCUUGAGGAAUUCUCUCAUCCGUCGGUUUCUGCUAAGAAGCCUGGUGUCCUUUCAUCUCUUCUUGGUGGCGGCAAGUCGGCAUCUAAGCUACCAACUCCCUCCGAAACUGCUCGUACCCCUGUGACAUCUUUCCCCGAGGAGACCCGUGAUACCUUGCGCAAACACUAUGUCCGUAUUCGUUACAAUGACCGCCCCGUGCGCAUUCCUGGCUGUGCUGCCAGGGCUGAGAACCACCUGGCGGGUGAUGACACUUUCUGUACUCUCGAUGCCUUCAAGGAGAUUGUCGACAAGUUCACACCCCAGAACUGGCAGAGCGAGUGUGUCGCGAACCUGGGUGCUGGUCUGCAUGGCCCUAAUGACGAGGCCCGCGCUACUGCUGGUUUCUAGACCGUUGUUAAUAUACAUCUUUUGUUGUUCUGUGCGUCUUAUUCUCGUGUUCAUUCUUUCCCAUCCAUACAGAUACGAGGGACUAUUAAUACUUCGUUGGGAUCCUGUAAAUCUGACAAAGACCGCUUAGAAUACAAAUAUGUACUUGCUUUUGCUGUCAGGGCGAUAUCUCAUUGCCUCUUGAGCGCCUUCUCUUCCUCAUUUUUCUUGAUCUCCAGCAUCUUUGCAACGGUAGCACGCAUCAAGAUCCACCGCGGCAAAAUCUCAAAGGAUAUCCCUUGCAGCCAAUGCCAGAAAUACGCCCACACAAUAACCUCGCCACAUCCAACCCGGUCUAACGCAGCCUUGGCAAAGGGUUGCGGCGACGGAACAAACAGAUUACUAUCAAUAUCAUACCCGGCAGUCUUGACUUGACCAACCCGCAGAGCCAUCACCUCCACACCGCGCUUCUCAGCAUUGCAUUCUGCUUCCAGCGCCCGCGUAAAGGAGUCCACGAAUCCCUUUGUCGCAGAAUAGACACUGAUAUAUGGCAGCCCCCACUGAGAAAGAGACGAAACAUUCAUGACAAGUCCGGUCCGACCCGGCCCCUCUGAUAACAGUGGGAGUAGCACCCGCGUGAUCUGCGUCAUAAACCGCGCAUUCUUGUCAAUUGUCUCGUUGACCUCGGAAAAUGUCAAUGUAUCAAGUGUCACGGACGGUCUUAACUCCCCGCCCACAUUGUUGAUCAAAACGCCGAGUCUGCCGUUGUUGCCAGUGAUAUCGCGCACGUGUUGCGCGACAUUGUCGACGGCCUUGUCUACCCCGACCACGUCCAGGACGAUGGUGUCUAUCUUGCGGUCUGGAAAGGCGGCGGUGAGUUCUUGCGCGCGUUUGGCGAGUUUCUCGGGGUUGCGCCCGUGUAGGAUCACGUUGAAGCCGCGAGAACAGAGCUCUUCGCAAAAGCCGAAGCCGAUUCCGUCCGUGGCACCCGUUACGAGGGCCCAGUUGUUGCCGGUGCGGUUGUAGCGUGGUAGUUUGCUGGGGAGGAGGUAGACGGUUACUUGGCGGGUGAGUUUGUAGGCGACGUAGGACAGGGCUGCGAGGCCGAUAGUGCUGAGGCUGGGAGUCCAAUUCAUGGUGUCCAUUGUGUUUGUUUUGAUGGGGUACAGGGUCAGGUUGAGAUAAUAAGGGGGUGUGGACUUCGAUGGCGAUAUUGCGGCGAAGUGUGAGAUCGAUCGAUGGUCCGUGUAGAUCGUCGUGGGAUCGACGAACUAUUGGCUGUUUCGAGCGCAGGAUAUGCAGGUGGUGAAGCUUGGCUGGAAAUCAUGCGCGUAUGCAAAGCUGGUCUGUGAAAAGUAGAUCGACUAGCAUAUUGUACGCUUGUAUCCCUUUAUACUUGGUCAUGAUCAUUGCAUCGGCAGCUCUGGGAUCUAUCGGCCCGUCGGCGAGACCGACCGCCGACUCGAGGCCGACUGCAUCAUUCUGUUUGAGUGUGGAGAAGUGGGGCUAUGACGAGAAGCACUGCAAGAUAUCCUUAUCAUGCAGACGGCUUGUCAGAUCAUGCUAAAGACGUGAAUCUUCUGGCUAAAGUGAGGGAUCCCUAUUCGUACUCAAAGGAAAUAUCAGGGCUCUCACGGGAUGUACCGAUUCCCAAUUUUUGUUUACGCGCAAGGCUAUACAAUUCUCCCCGUCCGAUCUAGUUCCCCG